UGUCAUUUGAGCGGGAUGUAAACAACACGCGCUGCCAUGCGUUGCUGCUUUGCUUUGUGCCAUCGAAGUGUCCGUCUCGAAGGUCCCGAAAACCGAAGGCAACACUCGCGCGUGUUUGUGUCCCCGCGACAGGGAAGGGGGGCAGGACAAAUUGCUGCCGCCGCUGUAUGAUGCCGCUUGCCGUCUACCCGCUGUACGGCCGGCCAGUGAGAUGAGUGUGUACCACGAUGAGGUCGAAAUCGAGGAUUUCGAGUACGACGAGGAGGAAGAGAUGUACUACUACCCGUGCCCGUGCGGUGACCGGUUUCAGAUCAGCCGGGAAGAGCUGAUCGCGGGCGAGGAGGUCGCUACCUGCCCGAGCUGCUCGCUCAUAGUGAAGGUGAUCUACGAUCCGGAAGCGUUUGCCGCGGAACAGGACGAAACGGAAGCGGUGGCGGGUAAAACGACCGAUCAGCUGGAAAAGAACUAAACUGGUCAAGUGUGAAUAUUACGAAGAAUAAAGCUAGUCGCAAACCAGAUAAAAAGGAGGAAAACACAGAGUGCAUCAACAAUUAAAACACUAACAAGUACAGUAUGGUGAAAAUAACUUACAGGUCCCGUGUGCACACGUGUGUUACGGUUCUGUUUUGCUGUAGUCUAACUUCUUCGCGCGUGGAUUCACCGAAGAACGAGUCAAACGUUUUGCGGCAUCUGAAAAUAUAAGUGGAAAAACAUGAUCAUAGUACAAAACGAAGAGAUAACAAAGUA